AAUAGAUCAGUUCUACGAACAGCGAGUUAGUCUUUUCACGAAGUUUAGACUAUCAAUAUAUUUGUGUCAAGUUUCCUCCUACAAUAGUUUCGUUUUAACAAGCGAAUGUCAAUUAAUGUAUCAAAAACAUUCACUUAUUCUAUUUUUAUGUUUUCCUCGUUAAAUUAAUGUGCAUUCUAACUGGUGGUGUAUUAAAGUUAAAGCACUUGAAAAUGCAGCGACAUUCCAGCGGCUCUAAGUGGUCUGUACUUCUGGACAAAACUUUCGCUUCUCGUCGGACUUCUGCGACUGAAGAAGACAACUUACACAUGAAAGAGGUUGUUUCGGACAAUGUUCGUGCCUCUGGUACCCUAACGGAUGACACUACAGGAUCGCUAAAAGAUGCAAGAAAUCCAGAUCUUCAAGAGGAUUUGACUGAUAAGAACAACGAUCCAGUUUUAAGAACAGAUCAUAGACAAUCUUCUCACCAGGAAUACGAUGACAAGGCAAUAAAGACCUUAUUCAAGAGAUCUAGUACAUUGUUGGAUGAUAUCGGGCAAGGGAAAUAUGACAAUUGGGAUCCCGAAACAUGUGUCCGGCUACUGCGUAUGCCCAGUGUACAAAACUAUGCUGGUAUGAAGAAGCUGUUGAGUAGAUGUGACCGUCACUGGAUGUUGGAAUUUCUGGAACUAGAUGGACUCGAUGUUCUCUUCGAAAGUCUAGAACGAUUAAGUGAGAGAUGUGGUAACGGGGCUCGUUUCGAGGAUGCAUUAUUACAACUCGAGUGUGUGGGGUGUGUUAGGACCGUGAUGAACUCUCGACCUGGACUGGACUACAUUGUGGAACACUCGGAGCAUACUCGGAAGCUAGCCAGAGCCCUGAACACAAAAAACACGUUAGUAAAGAAACAGGUGUUUGAGCUUCUCUCAGCGGUCUGUGUUUAUGCUGAAAAAGGUCACAUUUUGGCAAUUGACGCCUUAGAAAACUAUAAG